AUGUUCGCUGGCAAAAAAGCCGAGAUGACACAGGAGAUGGAGUGCAUCACAGAGGGUUACAGAAAGCAGCAAGGGGACGCAGAGCUGCACUGGCAAAGACUUCCGGGAGCCAGGUCAGGUUGCCUGCUAGGAAGCCAUGCUUGGAUGUUGAUAGCCAUGUUCCACCUCGCCAUGGACCUCGCCAGCUGUGAGCCCGUCGGGGUCCGGCUCUCGCCGCGGCCGGCACACCGGCACAGACUGCCCCGCGGCGCACUGUGGGGCAUGGGCGGCGGCGAGGAGCCGCGGCGCCCCGUCCCCCCCUGGCCCUGCACCCCCCGCUCCCGCCGGCCGCCCCCCGUCCCCCUUCCCCGCGCCAGGAGGCAGCUGCGGGGCCGCGGCUUCGCCCCCCGGGACGGGCGGCCCACAGCGCUGCCCGAGGUCAUCGUCUGGGGCCCCACGGGCGAGGAGGACUCCCUGGAGAGCAGCACGCUGCCCGGCGCCUUCACCACUACCGCCGCCACCACCACCGCCGCCACCACCACCACCACUGCUGCCACCACCGCUGCCGCCGCCACCACCGCCGCCGCCGCGCCGCCCCCCAGCAGCCCGGCUCCCACACCCGGCGGCGAGGCGCCCCGUGGCAGCCCCAGCCGCCCCAGCACCGCCGAGCCGGCCGCCGGCCAUAGCAGUGGUGGCAAGGACGCCCGCCCACCCCGCGGCCUGGGAGACACCUCAGGUCUGGCGGUCCAUCAGAUAAUCACUAUUACAGUGUCCCUCAUCAUGGUCAUAGCUGCUCUGAUAACAACUCUUGUCUUAAAAAACUGCUGCGCGCAGAGCGGGACCACGCGGCGCAACAGCCACCAACGCAAAAUCAAUCAGCAGGAGGAGAGCUGCCAGAACCUGACCGACUUCACCCCCGCCCGCGUGCCCAGCAGCCUGGACAUAUUCACAGCCUACAACGAAACGCUGCAGUGCUCCCACGAGUGUGUCAGGACGCCAGUGCCCAUGUACACGGAGGAGGCAUUACACUCACCCGGAGAUUACAAAGCGACGUACAAUGGAAACAGACCCUCGUCUUCUGAUCGGCAUCUUAUUCCUGUGGCCUUUGUGUCUGAGAAAUGGUUUGAAAUCUCCUGCUGACUGGCCGAAGCCUGUUUUACUUCCCGGGGCAGGGCAGACGCCGUGUGGCUGUUUCCUGGAUUCCAUUGGUGAACCUGUAAAAAAAAAAUUAAAAA